CUUCGUUAUCGAUGGUGAGGUUUUGUUCGGUGCCACAAUGCCGCACAUACUGCACAGAGCCAGGGAUAAGCUUCCAUUUUUAUCCCACCGACGCGGAACGUCGCCGACUGUGGCUCGUUAGGCUUCGUAACGGCAAGACGCCUUCCAAGUACGCGAUGGUGUGCAGCAAACACUUCGACGACGGUGCAUUCAAGCAUUCGCAGACGAGAAAGAAUGGGUUUUCGCGGAAGAGAUUGAGGCCUGACGCACUUCCGACACUGAACUUGCCAAAGCGCAAAUUUGACAGACAUAAGCUACCUCGCAAGCCACCGGCAAAAAGGAUCCCUGUUUCCAGGCAAUCACAGGGGCCCAUAAAUAUAACAAGCGAUGUUGCUGGUCACGCCUGUAUUCAGGAAGAUUGUCCUGCUGUGGAGACCACAGAUGAAGAUCACACCUGUGUUCAAGAAGAUUGGCCUGCUGUGGAGACCACAGAUGAAGUGCCACAAGAUGACCUCCUUGAACAGUUCGCCGCAAUCGUGUGUACACAUGCUGGCACACUACGGGAUGCCUGCGUGCAGGCGAAUCCUCUCCAAGUCAUCGGCCGUCCCAAGCCUCUCCUUUCAUGUGCUGCUGUUCAGACAGAUCACACUGUGAAAGUGCUUACAGGAUUGCCAUGUUUGCAGCUGCUGAAGAACAUUAUUGAAGAGUUCACUGCCUUGCGCAUUGAAUCCAUCCCAAGAGGUUUUGCAUUGAGUGAUGAAGACACUGUGCUAAUGGUUUUUGUGAAGCUUUACCACAAUGUAAGCUUGAGCUUUUUAUCGGUUCUCUUUUCUGUUCACCGUACAACUGUUUCAAAUAUUUUGAAAAAUGCGAUAUGUAUUCUUGCAAGCAUACUUGGAGAGGCAGUGUUUUUCCCAAGCAAAGAAUCUGUCCAGGAAAACCUAACCAUUUACUUCAAAAACUACAAGGAAACUCGCAUUGUGCUAGAUUGCACAGAGGUUCCACUUGAAAGGCCACGUGACUUAACAUCACGGCUACUUACCUACAGCCAGUACAAACGCCAGUACACAAUCAAAGUAUUGAUUGGCGUCGCUCCAAGUGGCAUGAUAACUUUAGUAGGAAAAUCAUUUGGAGGUCGUGCAUCAGACACGCAACUAACUGCUCAUUCAAAUGUCCUUAACAUGUGCACGGCCUAUGUAGACAGAGUGAUGGUAGACAAAGGCUUUCUAAUAGAGAAUCUCUGUGACGAAGCUAGGGUCAACAUGGAUAGGCCUCCAUUUUUAAAGAAACGGCAACAGCUUGAAGAACACGAAGCACACAAAAAUCAGGCUAUUGCGCGAGCAAGGGUACAUGUAGAAAGAGCCAUUCAACGUGUAAAAGCCUUCAAAAUUCUGCAGCAAAGGUACCCGAUCCAGCUCUUGCCAGUCUUUGACAAAGUUAUCGUGUUGCUUGCUGGUAUAGUAAAUUUGUCGAAGCCAAUUUUGGGCGAGGACAAAUUUCUACCAAAUUGCUAAGCCGUAAACAGAGUCUACAGACACAAAUGUGGCUUAUCUUUGUCAUCUUGUAGCCAUAAUUUUGUAAACGCACAUUUCUUUAAAGAUUUGUCUGCGUAUGCUCCUUGCCUUUUUUUUAUGUGUUCACUUACAACUAAGCACUUUCUAAUGUUUGAUCUUAAUGGCGACUUUUUUCAUGCUCAUAUUAGGGGUCUGCGAAUGUUCGAGUUUCGAAUUCGAAUCGAAUAAUGCCUUGUCGAAUAUUUCAAUUCGGCUUUCGAACAGCUAGUAUUUGAAGUUUUGAAUAAUUUGACAGAACGAAUACCUGAAACGUGACAAAGGCCAAUCGUGACGUUUUGUUAGGGUGGGGUAGCUAAAACUAACGCUAACAUCGUUAAACUUCAUCAAACUUGCACUAAUAUGUUGGUUAAAAAGCAAGCGCAUGUUUAUUUUUGAAAAAUAUGUCAUUUCCAAA